AUGCCUGUUUCGCAUAUCACCCUCACGGUCUCCCAUCUUCCCACCUCGACUUCUUUCUUCUUAUCAUGUUUGCAGCCACUGGGAUACCAGUUCAUCGGGCGGCAUGAUGACUAUAUAGGAUUCGGUCAGAAGCAGGGGGAACCUGCUGAUUUCUGGAUGACUGAGACAAAGCCUGGAUGUCCUCCAGGUGCUGUACAUGUCGCCUUCCCAGCCCCGUCGAAAGACGCAGUCGGCUCGUUCUUCAUAUGCGCCUUAAAAGCUGGUGCGAAGAUACAUGGAGAACCCAAGAUGCGAGAUUCGCAAUCUGGGUACUUCAGCGCAGCCGUCAUCGACUUCGAUGGUAACAGCAUUGAAGCCGUCUAUCGGCCCAGUAUGUCUUCCGCUGCGUCAGCGGUCAGCGGGCCCACGGUGGCUCUACUGGAGGAUUCAAGCCGCUCCGUGGUCUCGAAGGCAAGCAGCAGAGCCAGCACUGUCAAGGCAGAGAGCAUCGCCCCAAGAUCCGAAGCCCCGUCUGAGGCCAAGUCCCGUGCGCUGUCCAAAGUGCCCACGGCCAUUGAGCGGUCUGCCCCAACUGUCGUAUCUCGACAUUCGCAAGGCCCACCGCCGACAUACACCGUGCAAGCGCCACAGGCUCCAAAGACCGAUGACGGCAGCAAGGCAGCCAAGACUAUUGUCGGCACACUCAUUGGUGCCGCUGCUGGCGCAGCAAUCGCAUACGCGAUGGUCAAAGGGGACUCACAGUCAACCACCUCUGAGACCCAGGGCCAGUCGCAGAUGUUUCCCACAGACUUCCCACAAAUCAAAGCCGCAGCCCAAUCCUUCUUUGGUGGCAACAACAACUCAGAACCAGAGCCCCAGCAACUACGCGCCAUCGAGGCACCAUCACCACCCCGCAGCGUCUACUCCUCCGCCUCAAACCCACGCUCAACACUCACCCGCAGCGUGACUUCCAAGAACCCCCGCGCCAGCACAAUUUACGAAGGUACUGAGCACUACGACGACAGCGGCCGCCGCGCCUCCGAAGGCUCAGUCUACAGUAUUCCAGAGCACGGUCCGCUCCGCGCAAUCGAGUACCCGCCCGCCAGCGCUGCCUCCCAGCAGCGCUACCACUGCGCCCCCUCAACCUUCAUCAGCAGCUAUGUCGAGGACAAGCCGCGCAACAUGUCCGCUGGCAGCAUCCACAGCGCAUCAACUAUUAAAGCCUCGGCCGUGCGCCGCCACAGCCACGAUGACAAAGAUGGCUACUCGUCCGUCAGUCACCGCAGCCAGAGCGUACACAACCAAAGUCAUCAUUCACAUCGCUCGGUGCGCACCUCCUCGCACGCCGGCGUGGGAAAGGGCAAGGAGAACGCCAGCGUUGCAUCAUACAAAUCAGCCCGCAACAUCCCUCUCCCCGCAGGCUCAGAAGCCACCUUCUACUCCAGCCCGAGCAUCCACAGCAAAGACAUCGCUAUCGGACCCAAGGACUCCUACGUCAGUCCACAUGACUACUCCUACGGCGGACCCUCAUACGGCGUAGCCAAGGACUCGUAUGUCUCCGCGCGUCAUGUCUUGCUGCCCGAAAGCGUGCUCGACGUUGACGUCGAGUCGCAUGUCUCGCCCGACGACUCAAUCAGUCAAGUUGGCGGGCGCUCGGGCCAUUCGCACCGAUCGCGCCGCUCCCAUCGCUCGAGCCACUCGAAGGCCGGAUCCCACGUCGAUGACGUUGUUCGGCCGGCUGACUCUGUUAGUCAAGCCUCUAGGGCUUCGCAUCGGACUGUCAAGGCUGAGGGCAGUAAGGCUAUGUCUAAGGCUGGGAGUCGUCGCGGCAGUCAGGCUGUAUGA